AUGAAGGUCCUCCAACAAAACGAUGAACUAAUGACUGCAGAAGGCAUUCUGUUGGAACACUUGCCCAAGAGUUUCCAGGUGUAUGGGCAUUUAUAUGCUUAUAACAGAAACAAACAAAGUACCAUCCAAGUCGUCGUUGAUACAUGGCCAGAUUUUAAAGUCAUCAUUUGUCGACCCGACCCACGGCAAGAAUUUGGUUUCACACCCGAGAUGACCAUGUACUGCAAGGAAUCCAAGGACGGGCAUGCUUUGAAAGAAAUUUUGAUGAAGGACAGUCUAUUCAAUUGGAGCUCUAACAUUAAUGGAGGAUGCGACAUUUCACACACCUCUAUCCUCCAAGAGGUUUCAUUGAACCGGGAAGUCAACUACAGAUCCCUGGCACUGACACGUCUUCUGCAUUUGCCAAAUCGUAGCCAUCUGGUCAAACCAGCAAUCGACAGUGGUCUUGAAUCAAGGAUUUCAUCUCUUGAACUCUGCCAUGCCCACCUGGUGAAUCAAACCUGGAAGUUUGGAGGAACUCAACAAGGAUACAACUACAUUGCAUUCCUCAUCAGUAACUUCCCCACAUAUUGCAUCACUGAUAAUGAGGGUCAGCCUAUAUCGUGGCUUCUUGUCUAUGAGUACUUGGCAUUGGGGGUACUAUAUACUAUGCCCAAGCACAGAAAAAGAGGAUUCGCCAAAGCACUGAUUCAAACCAUGGCCCAGAGAUUAUUUGAUCAGGACUACCCAGUGUUCUGCUACAUAGAGGAAGAUAACAUGGCAUCUUAUAAGCUUUUUAAAAGUUUGGGCUUUAUUGAGGAGCCCUCAUACAGAGAACUAUGGUUUGAGUUUAACUUCUAA